AUGCGAAUUCGGACCAUUGCGCAGAAUCCGCAGGAAGGCGGAAAACAAUGCAGGGGCGGACUCAAGGAGACGAAGCCCUGCGGUGGGCCAAAGGACACGAACUGUCAUGUCGGCGAUUGGCACGAGUGGACCAGCUGCAGCGUCCAGUGCGGCAUCGGUCGUCACACGCGCAUGCGAUACAUCGACGUGGAGGCCCGCCGUGGGGGCGAGACCUGUGAGCUGGAUCUCUUGGAGACCGCCACCUGCGAUGCUGGGAACUGCGCCGGUAGUCUCGAUUGCGUGGUCAGCAAAUGGACAGAGUGGAGCAUGUGCGACGAGACGUACAUCCAGAAGUAUCGCCGCCGUGAGGUUACGACGGAACCUACCGGCAACGGCAAACUGUGCGACUACAGUUUGAAGGAGACAAAGGGGUGCGUGAAGCCAAAAAAGCAAGACUGCGUUCUAGCAGAGUGGCGUCCCUGGAGCACUUGUACGGCUAGCUGCGAUGGUGGUCAGAGAUAUCGGGACCGCAAUGUGCUGCAGCCUCCAAGGAGGGGUGGCAGCUGCCCCACCGUCCAGCUGAGGGAGACGGCGUCCUGUGGCGUCACCUCCUGUAACCCUCAAGGUCCAGCAGAUUGUGCGCUCACUGACUGGGCCAAGUGGUCCGAGUGCUCAGCCACAUGUGGCAGCGGGUCACGCACACGGAUGAGGAAGGUGGACAGAUUCGCAACAAAUGGAGCGAAGCCAUGUGACGGGGCGCUUCAAGAAGUCGGGCAGUGCACGCGCGAGGAAUGCCAGGUGGUCGACUGUCGAUGGAGUGACUGGGAGCAGUGGUCCACGUGCAGCGUCUCCUGUGAUGGCGGAACCAAAGUCAGGAGCCGCAACAUCGCGGUAUCUCCGAAGGGCGGGGCUGCAUGUGAAGCAAGAGACAAGGUGGAGGUGGCCCCCUGCGGAACCCAGCAUUGCGGGGAAGGAUGCAGAGAUGGCUUGUGGGGCGAGUGGCGAGAAUGGACUCCUUGCAGCGGCAGCUGCAACGAUGCCUUCCGAAUGCGCAGAAGGAACAUAGCUGUUCACCCCAACUACUGCGGAAACGCCACAGUGGGGCCACGAGAGGAGUUCGAAGUCUGCUCUCACUUGGAGCCCUGUGUUGCCGACGUUGAUUGCGUACUUUCUCAUUGGACAGCCUGGACAAAGUGCAGCUGCCACUGCUUCGGGAUGCGAACCAGAUCACGCUACAUCGAAAGGUUUCCAUCGGGCAAUGGUGAGACGUGCUUCAACGAAAGCCUGAAGGAGAUUGAGCCCUGUAAUCCUGGACCAACUGAAGUGACACCCGCAGACUGCUCCAACGUGAAGCAGGUGAACUGCAAGCUUUUCACUUGGCAGGAGUGGUCCCAGUGCUCUGUGACCUGCGGCGGUGGCCAGCGAUCACGAGUUCGAGAGGUGGAGCAGCCCUCCAUGGGGGGCGGAAGGGCUUGCAACAGUGCCCUCUUGGAGACGGUUGGCUGCCGUACCCAGCGCUGCGAGACACACCAUUGCCAGGACUGUGUCUGGGGGGCAUGGAGCUCUUGGGGUGAUUGCCCUCCCUGCGGCGGCCAGCGCUAUCGGCAUCGAAACAUCAACAUCAUGCCGAAUUUUUGCGGAAGGCGCUGCGAGAUGCGCGCCGCGAAGGAGGUGUCAGACUGCCUUCCCAUGCCAACAUGUGAGAGGAAGCUCUAUUGUGGCUGGAAUGAAUGGACAGCUCCGCAGUGUCUGGAGUCCUGUGGAAAAGCGACCUCCAUGAUCACUCGCAGUUUGGGCCUCCAUGUGACGAAGCCGCUCGAAGAGAAUUUACUCUUUGAGGUGAAUGGGACGGCCAACUGCUCAGGGACGCAGGUCAAUCAGACGGUGUGCCCGUACACGCGCCCAUGCGAGGACUGCAUCCCGAUUCCCUGCAUCUUCAGUCCAUGGUCGGACUGGCAGGAAGCCACUUGUGAAGGCCUCUGCACCCGCAGCCGCAUUGUGCAGGAUGUCAACAACGAGUGCGGGCCGCCAUGCAAUGGACCGCUCGAAACUACGAAACGUUGCGCUGCAGACUGCCUAAGUCCAAGAGACUGCCAGGUGACACAAUGGAGCGAGUGGAGUGGGUGCAGCGACCCUGGACAAGCAGCCGGCCAGAGAUAUCGCAGUCGAGAGAUCGAGUUCACCCCGCGCAACGGUGGGAAACCUUGUACCGGAGUUCUUGAUGAGACGGUGGGCUGCCAUCAGAUGGUUCCACAGCCGUGCUUGUUCAGCUCUUGGGAGGACUGGACCCCCUGCACAGCCACUUGUGGUGAUGGCUGGCGUACACGCAAGAGGCAGAUCGAGGUGCACGCGCACCGCGGGGGCAUGACGUGCGAUGGCAACUUGAAAGAGAUCGACAAGUGCACUCAAGAAGGACCUGCGUGCGAAGCUGGCACUGCAGUAGACUGCGCACUCGGAGACUGGGGCAUAUGGAGUACUUGCGACAUGCACAACAUGCGCUUCCGAGACAAGAGCAUCACCCAAGAUGCUGCGAACGGUGGCCAGGCCUGCGUUGGUGAAAUCACUCAAGGACAGACUUGCGGAAUGAUCCCCAUUGACUGCAAGUUGUCCACCUGGGCAGAGUGGGGACCUUGUGAUCGAACGUGUGGACAUGCACAGACGAGGCGCCAGCGCCAGAUUGAGCAGUUCGCCAAAAACGGGGGUGUGGACUGUCCUGGCAGCCUGAUGGAGACCCAGGGCUGCAUACUGGAGGAGUGCCCCGUGUGGAAUGCGGAGGUGAGUGACUGGACACCGUGGACCGAAUGCACGAUGACUUGUGGGCCAGGCGAGCAAACACGCUCGCGCAGCAUCCUCAAGGAGCGAACUUAUGGCGGACGUGGCUUCGAGGGCUUCCUCGGCGAAGCCAGGGCAUGUCACGUAACGGCUGUCUGCCCAAGGUCGGACUGUGAAUGGGACGCUUGGGAGGAGUGGCGUCCCUGCUCCUGCUCCUGCGGUGGCGGUUCACAGCAGCGGAAGCGCUUCGUGAAGACGAUGCCCCACAUGGGCGGCGAGCGCUGUCCGCCCAGCGACAAAGUGGAGCUCCGGCCAUGCAACACGCAUAGUUGUGCAGAGUCCUGCCAAGAUGGCAAGUGGGGUGAGUGGAGUUCUUGGGCCGAGUGUUCGAAGAGCUGUGGUGGGGGAACCACCUUCCGGAUCCGCAAGAUUAUUCGGGAGGCUGAUGCGUGCGGUGCUCCGGCUGUUGGCUUCUCCCACGAGACGGGCUUCUGCAACAUGGACAGGUCCUGUACGCCCUCUGUGAACUGCCAGUUCACACACUGGUCAGAGUGGACAACAUGCUCCGCAACUUGUGAUGGUAUCCGUCGGCGGGAGCGAAGUGUUGAAAGCUUUGGGCAAGGUGCUGGGCUGUGGUGUAUCGGUGGCUUGAAGGAGGUAGAGCCUUGCAACCCAGCUCCAGGCCAAGAAGGACCAGAGGAGUGCUUUGGUGGAAAUCCGGUGGACUGUCAGCGCAGCGACUGGACACAUUGGAGUAUGUGCAGCAAGAGCUGCGGAGGUGGCGAAAGCCUGCGAUCGCGCGAGAUUCUGACGCACCCCAAAUUUGGUGGCGAGACUUGCGACGGCCCGCUGGAGGAACUCAGAGAGUGCAGCCGCCACCCCUGUGGGAUCAGUGAACUGAAGCCUGUGGACUGCACCUUCGGUUCCUGGGAAUCCUGGGGCCUUUGCAACAAGUGCAGCGGUGAGCGCACAAGGAUAAGGAAGAUCCUGGAUUUCCCACGCAAUGGCGGCAAGGAAUGCCAACCCAAAGAGCUCAUGGAGAUUGGGGAAUGUCCGAGACGUUGCACUGGACAAAAAUUCUGCGAGUGGCUGAGCUGGGGCGAGUGGAGCGAAUGUACCGCUGAGUGCGGCAAAGGAGGCAAGCGCCGGCGACGCCGCUACUUGACCCUCACCGAGCAGGCCAAGAGUGAGCUACCCUCCUAUGUGUCGAAUGUCAUGAUGCAUUAUGAGAAGGUGCGGGUGCGCGCCCAGGAGCUCGAAUCUCGAGAGAUUGUCGACAUCUUUGGUUCGUUUAUGGCCGGCUGCUUCUCUUUGAGCAUGGUAGUUCUCGGUGUGCGCCUCCUUGGACGCAUACGAAGCCGACGCGGUGCGCAGGUCGCCUACACCGCCGUGGAGGCAUGA